AAAUUCGACUUUCAUGUAAUUUCCAAAUAGGCCCUUUAAUGUAAAUAAUGUGCUAAAAUACAUCCUAAUCACGAUUAAAGGGCGUGCAAAAUUCAAAUUGAACUACUGAAGCUAACCGAGGUAGUAAUCAUCUUCAACAAAGAAAAGCCUUCGCCGGCGACGAAUCACCGGCCGUCCACCGAUGGAACACCAUCUCCGGAGCAAUUUGCAGACCGACGAGACCAACAACGCUAAAGCUCUCUUACAAGCUCUCUCUCUCAUCACCAAUCCUUCCACCUCCGACUCUACACUUUCCUCCGUCGCCGAAACCCUAAUCACCUCCCUCAAAACCCCUAACCCUAAUUUGCGUUUUCUCCACCACCACAUUCUCCGCCUACUUUUCCUUCUCUCCGAUCGCCGCCGCUACAACAACAACCGCAUCUCCGCAGCCGUCCGUGAAUUCACUCUCUCCACGCGCUCCACGCGCUCACUAAUCGAUGCACUCGCGUGUGAUGAUAACGUUUAUGAUGAAUCCACGUUCCUGUCGCUUGUUUUUCAGCCUUGUAUUUCUUCUCGGAAUUGGUUGCUUUUAAAUGUAAGUAAAUUUGAAAUACGGCCGUCGGUUUUGCUGACGGUUCUGUUAGGGUUUACGAAGGAUCCUUAUCCGUAUAUUCGAGAUGUUGCUUUGAACGGAUUAGCUGAUUUGUGUAAGUGCAUUGUUGUGGAAGAUGAAAGUCUGAUUGAUGGUUGCUAUUUUCGAGCUGUUGAGCUUCUGUUUGAUUCUGAGGACUCCGUACGAUGUUCUGCAGUUCGCGUGGUUAGUGCAUGCGGGCAGUUGAUUGUGGCAUCUAAACAAGAAAGAAGCAAAGGGGUUUGGUCCGAUGCAUUAUUUGUGCAGCUAUGUUCAAUGGCGAGAGACAUGAGUGUCAAGGUCAGGAUUGAAGCUUUUACUGCCCUAGGGAAGAUUGAAACUGUUUCUGAAAAUAUUCUUUUACAAACUGUAUCUAAGAAAGCUUCACCUGCAACAGAAGAAAUGAUUUUUCCUGGCCAGUACUCAAAGAAAUAUUUGUUCCGGAUACCAGCAAAGAGUGCUAUUUUAGCUUUUAUACAUGGACUAGAGGAUGAAUUAUAUGAGGUCAGAGAAUCUGCUUGCCGAGCUUUGCAGACGUUAGCAAUCCUUUCUUCUAGUUUUUCUAAUGAGGUUGUGAACUUGUUGAUGGACGUACUUAAUGAUGAUUCAAUGGCUGUAAGAUUACAAGCGUUAGAUACUUUGCAUCAUGUGGCAAUGUUUGGCCAUCUUAAGUUGCAAGAAGAACAUCUGCACAUGUUUCUUGGGAUUCUACUAGAUAGUCACAGCUUGGUAAGAUGUACAGCGAGGAAGAUACUAAAACUGACAGAACUACCGAGCUUGGUUAUGUUCAAAAUGUGUGUCAAUGGACUUAUAAGAGAUUUGGAAUUGUAUCCUCAGGAUGAAGCUGAAGUCUUUUCUGCUUUGUUCAUGAUUGGUCAAAACCACAGAAAGUUUUUAGUCAGGCUGAUUAAUGAAGAUUCUCAAAUGAUUGAGCCCUCUUCUGGAGGCAAGUUGGGUUAUGACAAUGCGAGGGAAGCUUCAUAUCUAGUGCUAGCCACCUCUGCGCCAGUCUCAAUGAAGCAACAAACUUGCAGUGUUCCACCGAGAAUGUUCUCUUAUGCAGUCACACUAUUAGGGAGAGUCUCUCGCAGUUUGGCUGAUAUAAUUGACCAGAGAACACUUUUGGGUUAUCUUUCUUAUUGCAGUACAUUCACAUUUGUUUCUGCAUCGGAGUUUUUUAAAAUGGAAGAGCAUCAUCUGGAGGAAGGUGAUGUGCAAUUGUCACAAAGAUGUGAAUUCUCUAAAUAUCACAUUUGGUGGAAAUUACAACUGAAGGAAGCAGAAAGCUCGCUUUUACAUUUCCAGGUUGAGCAUAAGAGAGAGAUAAAUUGUGUGAAUAUCAUCCUUCAGGUGGUAAUAGACAUUUGGCCAUCACUGAAACUUGGAUUGAUCGAUGAAGUAACUCGCACACUGAGGAGUUUGAAGGCAGAAUUGGGAACAAUAUCAAGUCACAAUCAUAGGGGUGAGUUAGUGUUUGCUUUGCAAUAUAUAGAUGCCUUGGAACAACUUGGAUGCUUAUUGUCAUCCUUGGUGUUUUGCAAGGAGUUCUACUUCCAUGAAUGGGGGAAAUUGGAGUUCUCUUUGAAAAAACUGGACAGAUGCCUGAGGGAUAUGAGAUAUAGGUUAAUAGGUUUAGACAAAGAGGACAAUUUUCUUAUCUUAGAGUUGAUAAUCGCAAAUGGGAUACUGACACUUUGCAAUAUGGGAGCCUGUGCGAACAAGACUACUCUAAAGAAGAUACAUUCUAUUAUGUCUUGUAUUGAGCAUAUCUGUGAAGAAGGAUCCACCGAAUCAUCCAAUUUUGUGGUUGAAGUUCAAAAGUCAUUGAGAGAGAUUGACGCCACUAGUUGUCCCUUUUUGGACAAUCCAUAUCUCCUUAUGAAGUCACUAGAGCAUUUCACCCCAAGAAAGGUAGUUUCUUCGGGGAAUCUCAAAUAUAUGGAAGCUGAACUGCAUUUUCAGGGCAAUGAAUUUCAAAAUCCUCUUCCUUUCGUCUCAGGGCUGCCUGUUGGUUUAUCUUUAGAUAUCACACUCCAUAACAUCUCGAGCGAGAAUAGGUUGUGGAUAAAAAUGAGUCUUGAAGAGAAAUUACCUCAAUUUGUUUUCCUGGAUUUGCAUGAGAUCAAAGGACACGAUGAACUGAGAAAAUUCACAUUUGUUGCACCUUUCUACCAAACCCCCAAGGCGAACUGUUUCUCAUUGAAGCUCUGUAUCGUUUUAGAGUGCAUAUCUGAAGGUGAUCAGUUGUUCAGGGGCUGUGGAGGUCCUAAACAUGAAGUUGUUCAUCUCUGUGAAGAAAAAGAAGUGUAUUUAUCAUCAAAGUAGGUAAUUGUGUUUCAACUUGAUCAAGUGUGGUCCAAAAACACCUUUAGUUCUCUAAAUUAUGCUGCUCAUUGUCAAAUGCUGGAGCAAUCAGUGCUGGAUUUAUACAGUUUCUCCUUAUCAAGUGGUAAUGACCUUGGACUACCCAUAGAACAAGAAACUGAUCACUUUCCAAUGUUAUCAGGUGGUAGAUCAGUAGGAUGGGUUUGUAACAACAGUAGAAGUAGAGCUUCCCUUGCCAGCUCCUAGGCAAGGAAUUGCAGAACUUGAGAAAUUGAACAUGCCUAAGCUGAUUUUCAUUUUGAUCAUAUCAGUAUCACGUUGUUCUGUGAGUUGUAGCCAUUAGAGGAUCCCAUGUUGUACAUGCAAGAGACUGAAACUAGCAUAUAGAAAAGUUUAUGACCCAUAUUAGUGAUUUCUGAAUAUUUGUGCAGCCUCAAUAUGUGUCCUGUAGAACUUUUGCUAAUGAGCUAUAUGAAGUUUUACCCGAUCA